UAACUCCGAAAAACUACAAAGAAUAAAUUUGAUACCCUGCUUUGGAUUGAAGAAUUGCAGAUGGUUGAAGACAUCAAAAGAUAUGACAUGUUAAAUGUUACACUGGAGCAAGACAGGGGCUCAAAUCUCAAAAUCCUAGAGGUACCAGGGCUGAUGGAAAGAAGACCGUCAAUAUUAAAGGGAGACAGGGUAUAUUUGUAUGUCGAUGGUGACAGGACAGUUCAGUAUGAAGCUUAUGUCCAUCGAGUGGAACUGAAUAAUGUUUUCCUUGGUGCGGGACAAAGACUGCCGUGGGUCAAAGGUUUGAGAUAUGAUGUGAGGUUUGAUUUUAUGAAGUUCAAUUUGUGGGUGCAACAUCGAGCAUUAAACAGUGUCCAAGUUGCAGAAUCUAUUCUCUUUCCAUCAUCUCAAUCAAGAUUCCCCAUCAAGACAGAAGGUAUCCAAAUGAAGCCAUGGUUUGACAGGAGUUUGAAUCCUGAGCAGCAGACGGCAGUUACAAACAUUGUACAGGGAACCAGUCGUCCAGGUCCUUACUUGAUUUUUGGACCACCGGGAACCGGAAAAACUGUAACAGUUACAGAAGCUAUAAGACAGGUAUACCACAACCAGCCCGAUGCCAGGAUUCUGGUGUGUUGUCCGGAGAACACUGCGGCCGAUUAUGUUAUGAAGAAACUGAUAAAUCGGAACCAGCCUGGUACUGUGUCACUGAACACAAUUUUCCGGAUGUAUGCAGUAUCUAGACCUUAUGUAGCUAUCCCUAGUUAUGUAAAGGAGUCGGGACGAUAUAAUUAUGAUGAUGCUGAAAGGGAUUUUUACUAUCCAGCCCGAGUUGAACUUAGUAAACAUAGAAUCCUGAUUGUGACUCUGAGUACAGCUGGAAGAUUGGUCUCAGCUGGAUUUCCACGAAACCAUUUCUCGCACAUUUUCAUUGAUGAGGGAGCCCAUGCUGUGGAGCCAGAGUGUAUUGUACCAAUUACUGGACUGUUAGACUCACGUUAUCAAGCAUGCGGCCAGUUGGUGAUAGCUGGGGACCCCAAACAAUUGGGACCUAUUCUAAGAUCUCAGUUCUCAUUAAACUAUGGAUUAGAUAAGUCCAUUUUGGAGCGCCUUAUGACAGAUAUACCAGAGUAUCAGAGAGCACAGAAUUCUGGGUACGAUAAUCACUACCUUACGAAGCUGGUGAGAAACUACCGUUCCCAUGAUGCAAUUCUCAAAGUUCCGCGGGAAUUAUUUUAUGACGGAGAACUGCAGCCGUGUGGAGAUCCGAUGAUCUUGAACAGUAUGAUCGGGUGGGAACAUCUGCCAAAUAAGAAAUUUCCGGUGAUAUUUCACUCAGUGUUUGGCAAAGACGAGAGAGAAGAAUCAAGCCCGUCUUUCUUUAACAGGGAUGAGAUCUCACAGGUUCAGAAAUAUCUAGAUAUGUUGUUAAAGGAGAAGAAAGGAGGACAGAAACUGAAGCCUUCAGAUAUAGGAAUUAUAUCUCCCUACAGAAAACAGGUGGAAAAGAUACGCAAGAUGGUGCAGAAAAAGCACUAUGGGGCAAGAGGUGAGAUUACUGUGGGGUCAGUGGAGGAAUUUCAAGGUCAAGAGUUCAAGGUCAUUAUCAUAUCAACCGUGAGAAGUAACGAAAAUUUUGUUGAUCUUGAUUUGAAAUACCAUCUAGGCUUUGUAAGGAAUCCAAAGAGGUUUAAUGUCGCAUUGACCAGGGCAAGAGCACUGCUUAUUGUAAUUGGAGAUCCUCUUGUACUGGAAAAAGACCCCAACUGGAAAAAGUUUAUAGACUACUGUGAUGCUAAUGGAGGGUUCAAAGGUCAACAUGGUUUCACAGGCAGGACAGGAAGUGGUGGUAGGGGAGGUAGUCCUGACGAGUCUUCGGAAGCUGAAACUGAAAGUGUGGAAAUCUACAGCCGUAUGGCCAGUCUAACUCUUCAAACAGAAGACCCCGAGUGGGAGACCAGGCACUAAUGUGGGAGCUGUUAUGUCCAUAUAUUUACUAACAAACAUUGUUACUAACAUUUAUUUACAUAACUGACAACAAAUUGCUUUUGUUCUUAUCAGUUCUUUAUUCUCAAAAGGUUUUGAAUAAAGGGAGCAAAUUUCAAUUCAUUUUUUUUUGUAUGGCUUCACAUUUGAUUUUCUUAAGUGUAAUUUACUCCCUUGUGUAGAGUGUUAUUUUUUUAAGUUAUAUUUUCUUUAUAUAUUUUUUUUAAUGUUUUAAACAGUUUUUUUUUACACUAGUGUCUAAGUUCAUACUCUUAGAUGUAUUCUGCACUCUUAAGUAUAUUUUAAACUCUUGUUUGUAGUUAACGGUCCUAGGUGUACAUUUAGAUUUAUAAUAUUUUUUUUGUGUAGUUAUUACUUUUGUUUUUCACUCUUAUGUUUAAUUAAAUAGUAUUAAAAAUUGUUAUUAAAUACUGGGUUUUUUACCCACUUAAAUAAAUACGGAGACUCAUCUAAAAAUCUGGGGCUACA